GGGAAAGGAAGAGAAGGAAGAAAAGAGAGUGAUCGGGUUCCCUUUUUCUGUGCUGGGUUUGGUUUAGGUUUGAUCCAGCUUCAUUGUGUUUUCUGCAAAGCAUUUUUCCACUGGGAGGAAAUAAAACAACAACACAGGUAUUUAUGGGCAAUUUCUGAGUUGUCUCUAAACAACCAAGUUAAGUUUUUGAGAUGCAAACUAUCUCAGGCAUGGUCGGUUUCAUUGGGGACAAACAGAAACCCACAGAUCUUCACAGAAUGCUACAACCUCCAAGCCUGGAGCUCCAUAUCCAACUUCCAGCUUUAUGUUGUUUUCCUCUUUUUCCUCCCCUGUUUCCUCUGCAGUAGACACAGGCUGUCAAUGGAACCAAAACACCAAAAAAAUGAAACAGCAGUCUCAGAAUUUCUUCUUCGGGGAUUCUCAGAAAGGCCAGAGCAUCAGAUGCUCCUCUUUGGGCUGUUCCUCUCCAUGCACCUGAUCAGUGGGAACCUCCUCAUCAUCUUGGCCAUCAUCACAGACUCCCACUUCCACGCGCCCAUGUACUUCUUCCUCUCCAACCUGUCCCUUGUCGAUAUUUUCUUCUCUUCCACCAGUCCCAAGAUGCUGGUGAACCUUCGCACCCAGAGCCGGGCCAUCUCCUUUGUGGGCGGCCUUGCUCAGAUGUAUGCCUUCCACCUGUUCAGGACCAUGGACAGCUUCCUCCUGGCCAUGAUGGCCAUUGACCACUUUGUGGCAAUUGUCCACCCUCUACACUACUCAGUCAUCAUGAGCCCUUGUGUCUGUGGGUUGCUGGUUGGGGGGCCAUGGCUGAUCACCAGUCUCCAGUCACUCAUGCACACCUCCCUCAUGGCUCAACUGACCUUCUGUUCUGGCUCCGAAAUCCCCCACUUCUUCUGUGAUCUCAUGCCCCUGCUGAAGCUCUCCUGCUCUGACAUGCACACCAAUGAGCUGGUGGUUUUUGCUUUGGGCAUCAUCAUGGGCAUCAGCCCCCUCUCCUGCAUCCACCUCAUUUUCUGGGCAGUCUUCAAGAUCCCUUCUGCUCAGGGCAAGUGGAAAGCCUUCUCCACUUGUGGCUCGCACCUCACCACAGUGUCACUGUUCUAUGGCACCGUCUGGGCCAUGUACUUGCAGCCCACAUCUGCCGCUUCCUCCCAGAAGGACAAGGCGGCUGCCCUGAUGUGUGGGGUGCUCAUCCCCAUGCUGAGCCCCUUUAUAUACAGCCUAAGGAACAAGGACAUGAAGGCAGCCCUGAGGAGGUUCAUCGGCAAAGCAGUCUCCUGUCAGUGCUAGGUCAGAACGGUGGUUGGCAUUUACCGUGUUCCAGAACCACUGUUGGGUGGUGAGAACACAGAGAUACAUCCCAUCCGCCCUCAAGGCAUUCAGAGUUGAGUGGGGGAUAGAGAUGUGUGA